AUGGCCGCUGCCUCCAGCCGCGGUCGCGCCGCGUUCGGCGCUUUGCCCCUUGUCGGCGGGGCCGCGGGGCGAUGGAGGCGGCGGCUGCUGCUGCCGGAUGGCUGCGCGCUGCCCGGAGCGCCCGGCCGCGGCGCUGCGGCGCAGCACGGGCCUUGCCGGGCCGUGACGGUGGACGUGGGAGGCAGAAAGAUGGAACUGUCUUCUGGAAAACUUGCUAGGUUUGCUGAUGGAUCUGCUGUUGUUCAGCUAGGUGACACAGCAGUGAUGGUCACAGCAGUCAGUAAAACUAAGCCUUCUGUGUCUCAGUUUAUGCCAUUAGUGGUUGACUAUCGUCAGAAAGCUGCUGCAGCAGGAAGAAUUCCUACAAACUAUCUCAGAAGAGAACUUGGCUCCACUGAUAAAGAAAUCCUUACCAGCAGAGUAAUAGAUCGGUCCAUCAGACCACUCUUUCCAGUUGGCUACUUUUAUGAUACACAGAUCCUUUGUAAUCUUUUAGCAGUAGAUGGUGUCAAUGAUCCUGACGUUCUGGCCAUUAAUGGAGCUUCUGCAGCACUUGCAUUAUCUGAUAUCCCAUGGAAUGGCCCUAUUGGUGCAGUAAGGGUUGGGCUGAUUGAUGGAGAAACUGUUGUCAAUCCAACUCGAAAACAGAUGUCUUCCAGUACUUUGAAUUUAGUUGUUGCUGGAGCUCAGCACAGCCAAGUUGUGAUGUUGGAAGCAACUGCUGAGAACAUAUUGCAACAAGAUUUCUGUCAUGCUAUCAAAGUCGGGGUGAAACAUACCCAGCAAAUCAUUCAGGGAAUUCAACAACUAGUGAAAGAAAAAGGAGUUGUCAAGAGAACUGUUCAGAAGUUAUUUGUUCCUCCUGAAGAGAUUGUGGAAUGUGCAAAGAAACUUGCUUUCAACAAGAUCUAUGCAGUGUUCACAGAUUCCAGCCAUGAUAAAAUUUCUAGAGAUGAAGCCAUCAACAAAAUAAGGCUUGAAACAGAAGAGCAGCUGAAAGAAAGAUUUCCAGAGGCUGAGCCUUAUGAAAUCAUGGAAUCUUUCAAUGUGGUUUCAAAGGAUAUUUUCAGAAACCUUGUUCUGAAUGAAUACAGAAGGUGUGAUGGGAGAGAUUUGACUGCUCUCAGAGAUAUUAAAUGUGAAGUGAACAUGUUUAAAAUGCUUCACGGAUCGGCCUUAUUUCAGAGAGGUCAAACACAGGUUCUUUGUACAGUGACAUUUGACUCUAUAGAGUCAAGUGUAAAAUCAGAUGUUAUCUCAACAGCAGUGAGUGGAAUAAAAGAUAAAAACUUCAUGCUGCAUUAUGAGUUUCCUCCUUAUGCAACUAAUGAGACUGGCAAAGUUACUAGUAUGAACAGAAGAGAACUCGGACAUGGUGCCUUGGCAGAAAGAGCUUUGAAACCAGUUAUUCCCCAGGAUUUCCCAUUCACAAUACGAGUUACUUCUGAAGUCUUGGAGUCAAAUGGGUCUUCUUCAAUGGCUUCUGCAUGUGGUGGAAGUUUGGCAUUAAUGGAUGCAGGAGUUCCAGUAUCAAGUGCAGUGGCAGGUGUAGCAAUAGGUCUCAUUACCAAAGGCAGUCUGGAAAAAGGAGAUUCCGAGGACUAUCGCUUGCUGACAGACAUCCUGGGAAUUGAAGAUUACUAUGGUGACAUGGAUUUCAAGAUGGCAGGCACUAAUAAAGGCAUAACUGCCCUGCAGGUUGAUCUCAAGCUGCCAGGAAUACCAAUAAAGAUUGUUAUGGAAGCUAUUCAGCAAGCCACAGCUGCAAAGAGAGAGAUUUUACAGAUUAUGAACCAAACACUGGCCAAACCCAGACCUGAGAGAAAAGAAAGUGGACCAGUUGUAGAAACUAUCCACGUUCCAUUAUCAAAAAGGUUAAGAUUCAUGGGUCCUGGGGCCUAUAAUUUGAAAAAACUUCAAGCACAGACUGGUGUAACUCUAAGUCAGCUGGAUGAAGAGACAUAUUCUGUGUUUGCCCCCACACCUAGUGCUAUGCAUGAAGCAAGAGAAUUCAUCUCUGAAAUCUGCAAGGAUGAUCAGGAAGUUAAUUUGGAAUUUGGUGCAGUUUAUACAGCCACAAUAACUGAAAUAAGAGAUUCUGGAGUGAUGGUAAAAUUGUACCCAAACAUGACACCAGUGUUACUUCAUAAUUCACAGCUUGAUCAAAGAAAGAUUAAACAUCCUAGUGCUCUGGGAUUAGAAGUUGGACAAGAAAUUCAGGUGAAAUACUUUGGACGUGACCCAACCGAUGGCAGGAUGAGGCUUUCACGUAAGAUUCUACAGUCAGCAGCCACAACUGUACUGAAAACCUUAACUGAUAAAAACAGUAUUGUCCUGGGAGGUACUGUUCCACAGUCAUCCACUUCCUCCCAGUGACAGGAAAAAAAAGGCUUGUUAGCUUGUGGAAAUCCAAGUGACCUUGGCUAGAAUCUGUAGAUGUCUUCACAAGAAUCUGCAGGUGGAUGGUAGUGAAUCAUAUUUUCUAAAUAAAUGCUAUUUAUGAUGAAA